ACUCCGCGUUUGUCGAUUGAAUCUUCGAGGUAUCCGCGUCGUUCUCCGUUAAAGUCGACGGCUCCACUUCUCUCUUUCUCUCUCUCGGCGGCUCCACGUUUCGCGAUUCUCUCCGUCGAUGACUCCGCCUUGUUGUGGUGAAAUCUCGAGGACUCCGCUUCUCUCUUUCUCUCCUCGAUGAAUCCCCGUUUCUGUCGUGUUCUUACCCCGUCGAUGAAGAGCCAGCCUCUGUCUCGUGAUCUUCCCCCGACGAUGAAGACUCCGCCUCUGUUCUCUCACUCGGUGGAUCUCCUCAGCUGACUGCGAGGAAAUCAAAUCGAUAGAUGGAAUUAUCAACAGACAUGAAGGUUGGUUAAAGAAGACAACCGCAAACAGAGUUUUCCUUGCAAGUAGAAUCAGAUAUUGCUCCUUAUCGUGGUCUUCUGCUGGGUCUUUUCUUCAUGACGGUUGGCAUGUCUAUUGAUCCGAAACUUCUUCUCUCUAACUUCCCCGUCGUAAUUGGGACUUUGGGACUCUUGAUAUUGGGCAAGACUAUAUUAGUCGUUGUCAUGGGAAAGUUGUUCGGAAUUUCAGUCAUAUCUGCAAUUAGAGCCGGUCUUCUUCUGGCCCCUGGUGGAGAGUUUGCAUUUGUUGCUUUUGGAGAAGCUGUCAAUCAGGGUAUAAUGUCUCCUCAGCUAUCUUCGUUGCUGUUUCUUGUGGUGGGAAUCUCAAUGGCUAUCACACCUUGGUUAGCUGCUGGUGGCCAGUUAAUUGCAUCCCGGUUUGAGUUGCAUGAUGUUAGAAGUUUAUUGCCGGUUGAAAGUGAGACGGAUGAUUUGCAGGAUCACAUAAUUAUUUGCGGAUUGGACGAGUUGGGCAGGUUUAUACAUUAUCUGAACUUCUUCAGCUUAUGCUCUUUGGACGAGAACAUUUGUGUAGAUAGUCUGUGUCACAGUGUAUGUGGGAGUUUCCAACUUCUUGUCCAUUGUAUAUUUGUUACUUGCAGUGAAAGUGAGACGGAUGAUUUGCAGGAUCACAUAAUUAUUUGCGGAUUUGGACGAGUUGGUCAGAUAAUUGCUCAGCUUCUCUCAGAAAGACUUAUCCCAUUCGUUGCCCUCGAUGUCAGCAGGUGAAGUUACCAACCUCAGAAAUAGCAAACACGAUCAACGAGUUCAGGAACCGUCACCUAUCUGAACUAACGGAGCUAUGUGAAGCAAGCAGAAGCUCGCUGGGGUAUGGUUUUUCGAGGACGACGACGACUAAGCCUAAAACUCAAACGUCGGAUGCAACUGAGGAGAACCAGAUCAUCGAAGGAAGUGGUUCACUCGCCAUCUGAUGUGCCUCUUUCUUCUAAGAACAAACUUUUAAUAUUCUAGUGUUGGCCAUUGAACACAGAUGUCACAUUCAUAUAAGCUACCUGGCUGAUGAUGAUGGUCCUUUUGGAGGGAGUUUUAUUCAAUUAAUUGUUCUCCUUUAAUCAAAAAAAUAUAUAUAUUAGGACACAGUCUCGGUAAUAAAUACAAAAACAUUUGUGUAA